AUGUUUAUUGAUGGAAGUAAUUCUAGAUAUUUAAUUGGAGAUGAACGAACAGUAUUAACAAGUGGUAUUUGGUAUAAAAAUCAAUUAGCAGGUGUGAUUGCAGUUCAAAAUUUUGACAAGUCGAAUUGUAAUUGUGAAAUUGGUUAUUGGAUUGGUGAAGAAUUUCAAGGAAAGGGAAUUGCCACAAGAUCUGUUCAAUGUUUUUGUAAAGAACUCUUUCAAAAAUUGGAUAAUUCACCCAUUAAAUCUCCUCUCAAUAAGAUUACAUUCAGAGUUGCAGAGGAUAAUUUGAAAAGCAUUAAAAUUUGUGAGAGAAUUGGAUGUGUAAAGGAGGGCUUGUUGAGGCAGGAUGAAUUCUAUCAUGGAAAAUUUCAUAAUGUACUUCUCUAUUCGAUUUUAAAAUCUGAAAUGAAUUAA